AUGAAAGCAAGUAUUUCGGUAUUGUGCACACCCGUUGGAGCGUUUCUCGUCGGUUUGGUGAUGGAUAGGAUUGGUCGGAAAAAGGCUUGUCUCUUGACUUGCUUACCAUUACUGGCGUCAUGGAUAAUAGCGACUAUUUCAAGUUCUGAUAACAUCUACACGUUUUAUGCAUUUAGGCUCUUCGCCGGGAUCGGUGCAGGAAUGACCACGGUGGGCAUAGUGUACGUGUCGGAAAUCAGUCACUCGUCGUACAAGCAGAUUUUGUUGUCUCUGAACAGCGUUUUCUUUUCUGGUGGUAUACUGCUCUCCACCUGUUUGGCGGACCUGAACUGGAAAGUCAUAAACUUCUCGUUCGUCAUCUUCACGACCGUUAACAUGUUGCUCAUAAUAAUUUACUUGCCGGAGAGUCCGAUAUGGAUACUGAAGUUUAAGAGUUCCGAGCACAUUGAUAAAGCCAAAAUGGCCAUGAAACAGAUUUACCCGAACAACAAUCAGGUGUUCGAAGCCGAGUGGAGGUGCCUGAAAUCCGCGUCAGAAGACAUCGCCUGCACGGACGUCCGGAAAUCGUCAUUCAUCGAGUCCGUCCGGUCCAGUCCCGCGGCGUACAAGCCGAUGGCUAUAUUGGCGCUGCUGCUGCUGCUCCAGCAACUGACCGGCGCCUACCCGACCAUAUCGUACGCACUGCCCAUACUCAAGUCGGUGAUGCCCGCCACCUACCCGCCGGCCUCUGAUAUCCAGUCAUUGGCCGCGCUGGGUGCUGUCAGGUUCGCGUCUGGCCUGCUGGCGUGCGUACUGUCGUUGCGCGUGGGCCGGAAACCUCUGCUGGUGUUCUCGUGCGUGGCCAUGGCGCUGUCGUCCAUCCUGGUGGUGGUUACGCACAGUAGCCGUGAUGCCACUGUCGUCCCGUGGCCCCUUUGCGGCGUCAUGCUGUACGUGUUCAGCAGUUCCGUCGGCGUGCUCGUGUUUCCGUGGACGAUGGUAUGCGAAUUGCUAUCCACGCCCGUCCGGGCGGUCGGUGGCUGCUUGCUGGUGUCGUACGCUUACCUGAUCAUGUUCGCCGUUCUCAAGGCUUUUCCUUACAUGAUGGCCGCCGUUUCAGUGCCACACGUGUUCCUCAUGUUCGGCGUCGUGUCCUUGUCGAUGGCUGUAUACGUGCAUUUUGUCCUGCCCGAGACGUUGGGUAAGAGCUUCCGAGAAAUAGAGGAUUACUUCACGCGAUCGAAUAAGCCAUCAUAA